AUGAGAUUAUCCGCCGAGCUCUUGGGUUCUGCCGAGCAACGGACGAAUCCAUUGGGGGAACGGGAGAUUGUAUUGAGGGGCCUUGCGAUACCAGCCAUUGAACAUUUGGCAGUCACCAGGGAUGCCUUUGAUGCCAUGGAUUUUACCGACAAUCGACUCACGCAUCUUGAUAAUUUCCCCAAACUGGAGCGAUUGGCUUGUUUGCUGUUGUCGGGGAAUGUCAUUGAAUCUUUGGAUCCUGCCAACAUGUCCAAGAACGUACCCAAUAUACAGUCGAUCGAUCUAUCCAAUAACCGUAUAUCAUCACUGUAUCAAGUGGGAGCUUUGGGGAAGGCUUGUCCGAAACUGCAAUUUUUGAGUCUCAAUGGAAACUCUGUCACAAGACGGCAGCAUUACAGGUUAUAUACAAUAAAGCAAAUACCGUCACUCAAGUUUUUGGAUUACACUCGGAUCACGAAAACAGAACGAGAACGGGCGGAUCGACUGGCCAAUAGUGCUGCUGGUGCGGCGCUCGAGAGUGACGUUCAAUCUGAAGCCAAGAAUGGCGUCAGCGGCAGCAGCACCGCCACAAAGACAUUUGUUCCAGGGGAGGGAGAAUCGGCCAAGGAAUCCUUUGUGACUAGUUUCACCAAAGAACAAAAGGAAGAGAUUCGAGACUUGGUGGCGAAUGCUAGUUCACCUGCCGAGAUUGAUGAGAUUGAACGAUCCGUAAAGCGGGGGAUAUUCCCAAUUUUUGCCCGAAAACGAAGUCUGGAUGAAACCCCAACAGAAGGAGACGAAGAAGAAGAAACAUCAUCCAAUAAGAAAAGUCGCGUCUAA